AUAAGUUUUCAUAGAAGAGCUAGUUUUACCUCUGUCAUAGUAAAACUAAAGUUAAUUCAUAUAUAUAUAUAUGAUGGAACCAGAGUACUCAGAAGGAUCAACUUCUUGUUGUUUUUGUUUCUCCAACAAAAAGGAUGUUGCAAGGGUUAACAAAAGCAGUGGAGUUUCAAGGUCAGACCAGGUUGAAUGGAAAAAGAAUGACGAAAUAUUAUCUGAUAUGAGCACUUUCUCGGUCAAAGAACAAGAAAGGAGGCUGAAGAAAGCUUUGGAAGAGGAAAAGAAGGUAAAUAUUGAAGCAGAUAGGGUUGUCCAAUGGGUGAAACAGGAAUCAUCUAGAAUUGAUGAUGUUUCUGCAAUCAAAUCAAUUCUUAGCGACAACAAGGAGAAAGAUGAAGUGGUUUAAUUAGAUUUAACUCAUACAAGAAAUAUUUGCAAAGUUUUAUAAACAUUAAAUUAUAAUGUGUUGAUAUCAACUAAGAACUCACAUGAAUCAUCGAGAGAAAUCAACAUGAAAGCAAUAUUAUUUACUGGUUCAGUAAGUGUUGAAUACAAGAUAUUGUUAUUUGUACUAGAGUUAGAAAGAAAGAAAACAGAAAUGAAAUUAAGCAUAUGCUUCAAUGCUAGUAUUUGUUUACGGUAAAGUCAUUUUUUGGUGAUAUGUAAAACAAACCAUAACAUCAAUAUCCAAUCAUUCAUAAAGUUUCUUAAUCUUUUUA